AUGCAAUUUUCCUGCCUGGCUGAUGUUACUGUCACUAGCCCAAGCUUUGUUGAUAUGGAGAUGUUUGAGUUCUGGGUUCACGGUAAAACGAUUUCACAGGUGUGUUCAGUUUUGGCACAGUCACCUUCUGUGGAGGAGUUUCGUAUGACAAAUGAUAUGUUGGCUGCGCAUACCAGGGACCACUUUGCACAAUUCACACUCUUAGAAACGGGUUUGCGGCAUCCAGAUUCUUUCAUGAAGGACUGUGCAUACCAUCAGCUUACACCAGAAACUCGCAGACAACUAAUUCAUAUAUACUUUUCUCUUGAUGAGAGUUUUCUACGUGAACUUGUCGGUCGAAGACUAUCAAAUAAAUCUAGACGUGAAUUAGCUGAUAUUGCAGAAAGAUGUGAACUACAGUUACGAAGUUGUAAAAGGCAGUUUGAUAAUCUGUCAUGUGUUGCUCGCCGUACUGAAGACUUACCCGGUCGACUAACUGAUAACAUAAGAAAUUGUUUUCUUCUACCAGAAUGGCUUGCUGAGUGUUAUGCUGCUGUUAUAUUUAUCACAAGUAACAGAUUUGAAACAUCAAAAAAGAGUCUUUCAUAUCUUACAUUUGGAAAUUUGGCAUAUUGUGCGGGUCAACUGAUGACUUAUUGGUUGGCCAGUGGGAAAGAUUCAAAAGGUGAGACAUAUGUCAGCAUUGAUUUGGAUCUACAAUUUUUUCAUGAUCUGAAAGAAUUUAAACCAUUAGUUGAGAAGAAAGAAUGUCUGGAUAAGCAUAAACAUCUUUCUGAAGUUCAAGCAAAGAUUAUCUUAACAAAUUUAGAACCGAAUUUUAAACCUAUUUCGAAAGCAAUAAUAAACUUGGCUUGUGGUUUAAGUCAUGCUCGAGAAAUGCGGAAUUUUUUCAUCGAUAUAAUUGAAAAAUUAAUAGAACAGAUGCGUGGAUUGAAUUGGCCAUCGAAAGAAGUACAGAUGUUUUUCGAUGCAUACCAUAAUACAGUUAAAAAUCUUCCUCCUGGAAGGUCAUCUGCCUUUCUUAGCAUUUGGACACGUUUCAUUAUCCCAUUUUCUAAUUGCGUAAUGCAUUUAUAUCGUAACUAGGUAUAUGGAUGAUAGUGAUGAUGAUGAUGAUGAUGAUAAUGGUAAUGAUCGCGCCGUGUAAUCUUAACUAUCUUCUCCGUUGCUCAUUAUAUAUUGAUAAUUAACUUUUCAUCUUGUAAUAUAUUUGAGUUGUCUGAUUCAUCUGUUUUCUGAUAUAAAAUAACAGAAAUUGUAUAUUACAUAAUCACUUUUAUGUUUU